AUGAAUCGGAUUGAUGGCAGCAGCGAUGAUGGCAGCAGUGUUGAUGGCAGCAGCGUUGAUGGCAGCGGCGUUGAUGGCAGCGGCGUUGAUGGCAGCGGCGAUGAUUGCAGCAGUGUUGAUGGCAGCAGCGUUGAUGGCAGCGGCGUUGAUGGCAGCGGCGCUGAUUGCAGCAGUGUUGAUUGCAGCAGUGUUGAUGGCAGCAGCGCUUUCAGCAGCGGCGGUAUGGCAACAACGGGUGCUUAUACCGGCACUUUUGGCGGUACUUUUAAAGCGGCACUUGGAACACGGAUUGAUGGCAGCAGCGAUGAUGGCAGCAGUGUUGAUGGCAGCAGCGUUGAUGGCAGCGGCGUUGAUGGCAGCGGCGUUGAUGGCAGCGGCGAUGAUUGCAGCAGUGUUGAUGGCAGCAGCGUUGAUGGCAGCGGCGUUGAUGGCAGCGGCGCUGAUUGCAGCAGUGUUGAUUGCAGCAGUGUUGAUGGCAGCAGCGCUUUCAGCAGCGGCGGUAUGGCAACAACGGGUGCUUAUACCGGCACUUUUGGCGGACGGUCCUUUCGCUAA